GUGAGCCGCAGAGCUCGGCCUGGGGACCAUGACCACGACACAGCCGUCCACACUAGGGGAGCUGCAGCUGUACCGGGUCCUCCAGCGGGCCAACCUUCUACUCUACUACGACGCCUUCAUCCAGCAGGGAGGGGAUGACGUCCAGCAGUUGUGCGACGCGGCAGAGGAGGAGUUCCUGGAGAUCAUGGCCCUGGUGGGCAUGUCCAGCAAGCCCCUGCAUGUGCGCCGCCUCCAGAAGGCCCUGCAGGAUUGGAUCACCAACCCCACGGCCUUCAACCAGCCCCUGACCAAGCUGCCGGCCAGCAGCAUCCCCGUCGUCAAGGCCUCCGACCAGAACUCGUCCAGUCCCAACUCCGCCGGCGGCCAGCAGGAGCGGCCGCCGCGGCUAGCGCAGGCCGGGGCCGGCACGCCCGAGAUGGGCAACAGCCACUCCUCGCCGCGCCGGACGGAGACCUCGUCACAGACGGAGCCGGUGGCCGCGGGCCAGCACCUGCCCACCAUCUCCCACGUGGUCACCCUGAUCAAGGACGAGCCCCACUCCCCCCCCAGGGACGGACCCUCCCUCCCCCUCACCCAGGACGUCAUCCAGAUCAUCGCCUCCUGCGCCGAGCGCCACAUCCACACCGUGCCCAGGAUGGACGCCAAGGAGCUGGAGUGCAUCUUCAUCAGCAACAAGAAAAUGUCCAAAACCCUCGGACACAUCUUCGAGAUGAACGAACAGGAGCCGCAGAAGGAGGACGAGAUACGGAAGUUCAGCGCCAUCUACGGGAGGUUUGACUCCAAGCGGAAAGAUGGGAAGAAUCUCACGCUGCACGAGGUAAUGGUUAACGAAGCGGCCGCUCAGCUCUGCAUCAUCGACAGCACUCUCCUGGCACGGCGCGACGAACUCUUCCCACUCGCCCGACAAGUUGUCCGAGACUCCGGGUACAAAUACAGUCACAGGUAUUCCAGAUCCAAGUUUAUAGAUACACCGAUUCCUAAAAGGCCGCGGAUAGAUCCUAACGGGCAGUAUCUGCGGGAUGAAGUCCACACGCGGACUGUGCAGGCGGAGCUGAUGAAACUGAAGAGACAGGAGCGGCUGCUGGAGAUUCAGGCCAUACUGACGAACAUCUACCAGAGACAGGAAAUCCUGAAAUCCAAGAUAAUGCACGAGGAGCUGAAUCACAAUGUUGCCGAGGUCCACGAGUUGCAGAUGGAGCUGGAGAAGGUGACCACAGAUCAGCUGUCGCUGAUGCAGGAGCAGAACGACCUGAUCAAGAAACAGAAGCGCUCGGACAAGUACUUCUCUGCGAAGGCUCGCAGCCUGUCACUGCUGGGUAUGCAGCAGGUGGAGGAGGAAGAUGGCGUCUUGUCAGAGGGAAGCGGAGACGAUGUGUCUGAGGACAUGACCUCCAACUCCAGUCUAGCACCGUCUCCCUGCCCCUCCGACAUCCCCGGCGCCUACAGACCCUGCCAGAGUAAAACCAAGCAGAUGAUUCAGCUGGCACUGAUUGACGAGGGGCUGAGGGUGGCACAGCAACACGCCUCGCCCAGCACGGAGGAGGGCGAACGGAACAGCCCCAGGAUCAAGCAAGAGACCUUCUCCGAGGAUGAAGAUAAUUACAAAGAGGACUCUGACGUUACAUCAAACCGCAACUCAUGAACUUUCACACAGUGACGACAUUUUUAAAAAUGUAAUGAAUUAGGUUUCUUUUUUAAUUCAUUCAGGUACAAAAGUAUUUAUUCAUUUUUUUCUAAUUAAAAAAAAAAAAAUCAUUUUUUUUUACUUGCCUGUUUAACUUUAAAGAGCUUGGAGUUUUUGAAGUUAUUCCUGUACAUACUGACGUCUGCUGAAACAGCAUUCGAACAGUUAGUGACAUUUCCUUCUAUUUUUACACAAAACUUCAGGAAUUAGUGUUUUGCCUUUUCAGUUGUUCUCUCUGUACAUUGUAUGUCAUUCUGUGAUGGUCCGGUUUUCAGACAGCAAUAACCCAAUAAAUAUUUACCGCUUUGUGAGA